AUGUCUGAUCAAGACAUUCAUCCAGAUGAAUACAGCAAAUUGCGAAGUAUCUGUAAAUACUACAUUGAUUCAUAUAAUGCUCUGUAUCAGUUAAAAUCUGACAAAGAAGAAGAAAUAAACUCUAUUUACAAGAUGAUCAAAACAGAAUUGAUUGAUUCGAGGAAACAUCUUCCUCAAAAUAUUAUACAAGACAUUUUAAAUAUCAUUCCGUAUAAUAAUCGGUAUACAAAGUCAUAUUUAUCUCUUGCCAAACUCGUUUCUGACGAUUAUCAUGUCCAAGAUGUCUACAAUGUUCAGCCUAUUUCUAACUUCCUAUUUUAUAAAGAAUAUGGAAUUAAAUUAUGCAAAUCUUAUGAUUUCGACAAAAAUAAAUUCAAAAAUAUUGAUAUUGAUAACGAAAAUACUAUUUACAGAGCAAUCAUGCUUAAUGACAAAGAAACUUUCAUCACAUUCACAGAAACAGAUGAAUUUGAUAAAAAUCAGAAACUUCAAAGUAGUUUAUAUCCUAACUCUAAAAAAGAAUAUUCAUUACUUGAAUUAUGCUGUUAUUACGGUUCAGUUGACUGUUUCAAAUUAUUAAUUACGAAAUUUCAUUCAGAAAUCACACAAACAUGUCUCCAACUUUCAUUUUUAGGAAGAAACGCUGAGAUCAUGAGUGAAUGUUUGAAAUAUCAAGAACCAAACGAAGAUUGCAUGAUAUAUGCCAUUGCUUCACACAACAUUGACUUUGUUACAUUUUUGAUGAAUGAAUACAAACAUAUAAGGAUAAAUUUAUUUGAUUGUUGUUAUUAUAAUAAUCUUGAAUCAUUUUUAAUUUAUUUCGAUCAAACUAAUGAUGUUAAAAACUGUUUUAUUUGUUCACCUCUGUUUAAUAUUCCAUAUCUUUGCAAAUAUUUCCUUUCACAUGGUGCAAAUAUCAAUGAAAAUGGUAUAUUUGGAAAAGCCGCUCUUCAUAUUGCAGCAAAUAAUAAUAGUAAAGAAAUAGUUGAACUAAUUAUUUCACAUGGUGCAAAUAUCAAUAUAAAAGAUAAAAAUGGACGAAUCACUCUUCAUUAUAGCGCAAUUAAUAAUAGUAAAGAUACAGCCGAAGUUCUUAUUUCACAUGGUGCAAAUAUCAACGAAAAAGAUAAAGAUGGAGAUACAGCGCUUCAUUUUGCAGCAGUUAAUAAUCAUAGAGAAAUAGCUGAACUUCUUAUUUCACAUGGAGCAAACAUCAAUGAAAAAGAUAAAGAUGGAGAUACAGCUCUUCAUUUUGCAGCAGUUAAUAAUCAUAAAGAAAUAGCUGAACUUCUUAUUUCACAUGGUGCAAUUAUCGAUGAAAAAGAUAAAUGUGAAAAAACCGCUCUUCAUUUUGCAGCAUUCAAUAAUUUUAAAGAAAUAGUUGAACUUCUUAUUUCAUAUGGAGCAAACAUCAAUGAAAAAGAUCUAUUUGGACAAACUGUUCUUCAUACUGCAGCAAAUAAUAAUUAUAAAGAAAUUGCCGAAGUUCUUCUUUCACAUGGUGCAAAUACAAUGUAA